AUGUGCGGCAACAACAUGUCGGCGCCGCUCCCCGCCAUCGUCCCGGCCGCCAGGAAGGCGACGGCUGCCGUCAUUUUUCUUCAUGGAUUGGGAGAUACCGGGCAUGGAUGGUCAGAAGCACUUGCAGGGAUCAAAAGCCCUCACGUAAAAUACAUUUGCCCACAUGCGCCAGUUAUGCCAGUGUCUUUGAACAUGAACAUGGCCAUGCCAUCAUGGUUUGAUAUCCUUGGACUUUCUCCAGAUUCACAGGAAGAUGAAGCUGGGAUCAAGCAGGCAGCAGAGAAUGUUAAAGCACUGAUAGAUCAAGAAGUAAAAAAUGGAAUUCCUUCUAAUAGAAUUAUUCUGGGAGGCUUUUCUCAGGGAGGUGCUUUGUCACUGUAUACAGCUCUUACAACUCACCAAAAAUUAGCAGGUGUUGUAGCCCUCAGCUGUUGGCUUCCUCUGCGGGCUUCUUUUCCUCAGGGCCCUAUCAGUGGUGUCAACAAGGAGAUUGCUGUUCUUCAGUGCCAUGGGGACUGUGACCCGUUGGUUCCUCUAAUGUUUGGUUCCCUUACUGUUGAGAAGCUAAAGAGUAUGAUAAAUCCAGCCAAUGUAACCUUCAGGACUUACUCUGGCAUGAUGCAUAGCUCAUGUAUUGAGGAGAUGAUGGAUGUAAAACAGUUCAUAGACAAACAUCUACCUCCUGUUGACUGAAAUGAUACAUGAGAAGCCUUCUCUAUACCCACACCAGCAUCAACUGUGGUAGAGUGUUAAUCUUUUCAUAUGCCUGAUAAGGAAGCAUUACUUCUGUACCUGCAGUGUUGCUACUGUGUUGCAAAUUUAUACUUAGGAUGAGGAUUAAAUAAUACACAUGUACAAGAAAUUAUAAUCUUUUCACUAUUAAGCAUCCACUGGUGGGACUAUGUGCAUGAGGCAGCUGGUGACAGUGACAGACUGUAAGCUGAGCAUACUGAUGGAAGACAUCCGAUGGUUAUUGAUUGCAGAAUUUUUAACUACUUGUACAAGUAAUUUAAAAACUAAAUCUAAGUGAGCAACAUAAAUGUGACCAGUUUAGUUUUACUCUAGACAUGAUUUGUUCUUAAUACUCAUUGAAAGCAUAUUAAAAUAUUUGCUUUAUGUAGGAGAUACAUAAAGUACACAACAUGUAACAUAAUGGGCAUGUGAUAGUAGAGGAAAUGCUGUCAAGGACAGAGCUUUAAAUAUUAAAUGUUAAUUGUUACUCCAGAUAAGGAGAGUUGUUCUUCUAAAAUGGCUGGAAAUCAGUGAAGGUAUUUGUUAUGUUUAAACCAUAUCACUUUUUAACUGUUUUCAUCUAGGUGGAUAUUGUGGAAACUCUAAAGGGACUUAUUCUAUGUUAGACCAUCAUUUGUCACUUAGUGUCUUUGUCUUGAUUACUGUAAUCUCAUGCCAAAUGCUGACUUGGAAUAGAAUUCUGAAAAAGUGCAAAGGAUUAAUAUGAGUUUCAUUAAAAAAAAAAUCCUGGUUUCAUACUAAAUGUUCCUCUUGUGCUUUAGUCUUUGUAGCUUGCAUUUGUGUAGAAAUGUUUAUGUAUUUCAUGUGAACAAUUCCAGCAUAUAGUUGUGAUUUGUUUGUGUGCUUGGAGUAACUGAAAACAACAUAGCUGUGUAGUGUUGUGUAUUGUUGAAGUCUGAUCUGUAGCAGUUAUUGACUGAUUUGAUCUUUUUUUUAACAGCAAUAUAAGUGCAUUUGGGAUAUAACCUAAACUUUAAGUUGAUACCAUCUAAUACUUUCUUUCACUGCAUGUUAAGACUGGAUUGUUUUUUGAAAAAAAGAACAAAGAAUUUUUUUUUUCAGAUAAUUGUUCUACUCUAGAUCAAUAUAGCCUAGGAAUAUGAAGACCUACUAUGGGAAAAAACAAACCUACAUGGCACAGAAUGUUCUUCUUUCAGAAGCUUAAAAUUAUAGAGCAUACUGGGUCAUAGAAAUUGAUGCACACUUAAGCUUUUUGCAGUUGAGAGCCACAAUUUACUUCUGGAAACAGCUGUUCUUUCGUGGAGUUCAUAGGGGUGUCAUCAUACUAGGAAUGUUUACAAAACACACUACAGUUUUAAGAGUAUGCUGCAUAACAAUGUUCUAUACUAUGUUUGUAAGCAAAGAAUAUUCCUGUUUUGGAUGCAUCUGUUAUGUCAGCUCAGUACCUGCAUUUAAGGUACUUUCUCCUCUCCCAGCUUAAUCAGGUGGUUCUCUUACAGUUUAUAUGGAUUUACAUCCAAGCCAGCUGCCAGUACAGAUGCAUAAGUGGGGAAUUAGACCUUUAUAUCCCUUCUGUAACAGAGCUGCUGCCAGGAAUCUGACUUACUUAGUGCAAGUUCUCAGUUUUCAGGUUUUUUUUUUCCAUAUGUAUUACACUUCAAUUUUAGGGAGCUGUUUUGCUUUUCUAAUCCAUCUUCGUUGGAUUAUUAAAUAUCUCUUAAUAUGUAAAAUUGCCAAGGAGGUUUUAUCUAAAUGGUGUUGAAGCACUUCUAGUUCUUCCAUCUGGUGGAGAGGGCAUGUCUAUUAACUUUGAAGUUUAAUUAGUAUUUUCCCUCAGUCACUCUGUUCCAUAGAUCUGCCAAUUUGUCUUUCAGUUAAUUUAGUUCACAGAAGAAGCCAUAAUAUUCUUACUGUAGUUGUGCCAAAUUUCUGUUGAAAAAACAGUAUGUCCCAGCUUGGAGUCAUUCCCACAUUGUAUUAGCUAACUUUGUAGUCUUGCUGAAUUGCCAGCUUGGUAAGCAAACUCCAUGUUAUUGUCCUAGUUCUUAGUUUUAUCCUCAUUCCUCUCUUGCCUAAACAAUGUUAUGUACCUCAUCUUCUUGUACAAGCUUCUAGUUUUUCCAUUAUUAUUUUCUUAUCUGUUUGUAAAUUAUUUGAUAAUUCAGGUCUCUUGUUCAACUUCCGAUCCACUCUGUGCUCAUUUUACAUAAUCUCUCUUCUGUUAGCAUGAGUUUAAAAAGUUUCUAAGAUGUUGAAAUGAGAUCAGUCCCAGGUUAUUUUGUUAGCUUCCUAACACUGACUUCAGCUUGGUGAACUGUGCUUGCAGCUUGUCAUCUUCUAGUACUUGAGCAUUUUAAUCCAAGUCAGUUUCAAUUGUCAUCUCCACGGUGUUUUCAGAUGUUUUUCUAGCAAUGCUUUAUGUGCUUUGUUCAAAUUCUCAGACUUUUACUUAUUUUUAUACUGUUGCUUUGCUGCUUUUUUUAUUUACAAAGAGCUGUCUUGCCAAAGUAAAUAAAUGUGACUUACUCUGAAUUUCUCUAGGAAGGAUUCACCUCAUGGUUCUUUUUGCAGGAGUGUGUAUAUGUUGUAGUUGGGGGAUGCUCAAGAGCCCUGAAGGCAGAGGAAACUUGAAGGACAACUGUCUCCUCCUACAUUACAAUGUGUAUCUUGAGCUCUUGUCUUUUGUAACUUCCCAGUUGGUUGCAAAGCUCUGUGUGUGUUCUUGUAGCCAAACUUCUUCACCACCCAAAGUGGUUUGAUGCUGGGAUUCUUGUUGUAAUUGCAUUAAUUUUUAGGUUGAGUGAUAGCUCAGUCUGAUGUAGUGGUCUUAAUAAUAUUGUAUUGCAGUGGAGAAGUUGGACUGUCAGUGUUCUAAAUGUCAGUGUCCUCUCCUCCUAAACUACAGUUUGAAAUUGCUCAAGACCAGGUUGGAUGAGGCCUUGAGCAGCUGAGUCUAAUGGAGAGGCAUCCCUUCCCAUAGCAGGAAGGUUGAAGUAGAUGAUCUCUGAGGUCCCUUACAACCUAAGCCAUUCUGUGAAUAAAGUUUAUUUUCUGUAAUGUUAGAGUUUCCUCCAAAAGUAAUGAUGUCUGUCAAGCCUACAAAAACACUGGUACCAAAAUACCUUGCUUGCAGGUUGGUCUGUUUCAAUAGGUAUCUAACUGCCUGUGUUUUUAUGUGUUUUUAAUUCCAAACUGGUCCUUAAAUUUGACUGCAGUGUUGUGCAGUCAGAAGUCUGACUUCUUCUUGGAAUAUGUUGCCCACUUUUUAAAAAUAAAUAUAUUGUGUGAUGUAUCACAAGUCAAGUCUUCCAGCCAUUCUUGAGGUCAACCUGCAGUGGAGUCUGCACUGUGGUGAGUGUUGUAUGAUUUGGUCUCUUCCUCUUACCUUGUAUAAUUACAACACAGUAGAUUGGUAAAAGUCCUGUACUCUGAAACUGAUCUUGGGACUGGUGAUUAAAAUGUCUUCUUUCUAAUGGUGUAUACUGCACUUAAUUGAAGUCAUUUGGAUGCAUCUUCUGUGUGGAGGUGCUCUUUGUGCUGAUGGACAUCACUGGGAACAAACUGUAAGAUGUUAUUGAAGCCAUAUGUACAAGGCCUGUGUAUCUUAAAUUUUUUUAAAGAAAUACUGAAUGCUUAACUCUUUGUGUUAUGAAGUAUAAGCCAUUUGUAUUAAA